UCCAACCAUAAAAAAUCAACCAUUUCACAAUAAUAAAUCACCGGAUAUGUCACGAUACGAAGAUAAUUCAUCAAUGACGGAUUUAAAAUUACAACAACCUUCCGGUGAAGAUGGAAAAUCUUAUAGAGAUAUCGUUUAUAAUAGAAUUUUGAGGUCUCGUAAAACUGGUGUACCAACUGUUGUUCUCUCUAAUGAACUUAUUGAAGCAUUUGUCCAGGAUUACGAUACACUUUUGACUAAUUGUCGAGAAUUAGAAUCAAGUCACCGAAUAGACGUUGAAAAACUUCAAGAAUAUAUUCAAAUUACCGAUCAAGUGAUUGAACUUAACGAACAAACUUUGAAAGAGCUUGAACAACGACAUCAAAAAAUUAGUUCAGCGCUUCAUGAUCAACGAAUGAAAGAAAUCGAACAUAAACAAGAAAUGGUUGAUUUGAUGUACAGAGAUCUUGUUCAAAAAGAAUCGGCUAAGGAUAAAAAUAUGACCGAUGAUGAACCGAAUGAUUUGAUAAUUUGGGAUGAACAUAAGGAAAAAGGGGAUGGGGGAUGGGAUAAAAAAUCAGAUGAACACGAUGCCAUCGAUGCAAUCGAUGCAAUGAUUGUUUUUACUGUCAGUUUUAUGAUUCCUCCGUGUUGGAUAAAAAAUGAAAAUACGAUAUAUC